CUGCAGCGCCCGGCCAUGGCCCGAGACCGCGGCCCGCCCGUGCUGCGGCCGCCCCGCGCCGCCGCGCUGCCCGCCGAGCCCCGCGGCUGGGGCUGGCUGGGCGCGGGGCUGUGGCCGGCGCUGCUCGUGGGGCUGCUGGCCGCCAUCGUCGCCUGGUUCUGGUACGGCGACAGCGACAGCGACGGACGAGCCGCGGCGGGCGGCGAGGAGGCGGCGGCCGGCAGAGGGGGACCCCGGCGGGCGAGCGCGGGGGCGGCGACCACAGAGGAUGCUGCGGCGGGCGGGGGGCCGGGGCGGCGGGAGGUCGAGGCUGCUGCCCCGUCCGGCCCUUCGAAUCCAGGAGAGGAUCUGGCGGCUGUUUCAAGGGAAGAGCUUAACCAUGUCCCCGGCGGUGCAGUUUGGGGCGAACCUGUGGAGCCGGAGCAGCUGAUCCCGAAGCACGGUGUCAUGGACCCGGGGGAGCAUCCAGCGGAUACGGCCGGCAGCCAGGCAGGCGAACUGGAAGCCCAGGUGGGACAGGAAAGUGACGGAUGGUGCGUGAUGAACUUGGCAGCCUCUGACGAUGAGUGUAUGGACAGAAGUGAGGAGCAGCCGUGUCAGCCAGCUGAGAGGAGGGACUUGGACCAUGAAGAGUGGGAAGUUGUUUCUGAGCACCUGGUCGAAGGGAAGGAUGGCAGCAUGGAAGACUCAGACAGCAAGGAAUGGGAACCAGGAGACUGCUGUGACGGGGACUCAAAAGCAAAGCGAGUUGCAGCCGUGCCCCCCAUGUUCCAGAACAUCCACGUGGCUUUCCGUGUGCACUACGUCACCCACUCCGACGCGCAGCUCAUCGGUGUCACGGGGGACCACGAGUGUCUGGGCCAGUGGCACAGCUACAUCCCCCUCAAGCGUGACAAGGAUGGCUUCUGGUCCGAAUCCGUCAGUCUGCCCGUAGACACCAGAGUAGAGUGGAAAUUUAUCUUGGUGGAGAAUGGCAAGGUCAGGCGCUGGGAAGAAUGCGGUAACAGAACCCUAGUGACUGAACAUGAAGAUCAAAUUGUUCAUCAGUGGUGGGGAUACCAUUAAUGGGAAGGUGGAAGCUGCUGAUCUAAUGGCAGACCUGCCCAGGUGAACCACCGAGCCCCUAAACCUUAGAGGGGUUCCCCUUCUUCUCUAGGAGACCCUCUCGAGUGCAGAGCUCUGGAAAUCCUGUAUCGAACCACAUAAGCAGCAGAUCUCUUUAGGAAAUCUUUUGGCAACCUGAAAAAUCAACUUUGAGUGCGUGCUGAAGAGACACAAGGUAGGCUAAGAAGGCAUAAACAGCAUUCCAAGCACCUGCCUGUCCAGGUGGAUCUGGACCCUGGACUUGAGUUAGUGUUGCUUUGAGUGGGGCUAUGGGAUGCAUCUUGGUACCCACUGCUUGGGCUUGGGAGGUGUACUGGGAGGUGUGGUUACCAACACUGUAACAGGAACUUAAGCGUUUUAAUUUAUGUAAUGUAUUAAGGAAACAAUAAACAUUUUCAGAUUGACAGUUCA